AUGUCGAACACUACAGUGCCUGCAACCACGAUUGACAUUAAAGGAUUGGGCGGCCUCCUCCUGAUCGUCAUCAUCGUCUGCAGCACGUGCUUUGCGCUCUCCUGCGUGGCCCUCGUUGUCUAUCUGUGCUCCCGUGGAAAAGGAGAAAAAGUGAUUGUGACUCAAGCAUCGGCGCCGAUUGUGGUGACGAAGGGUGAGAAGAAGAAGAAGAGGAAUAGGGACGAAGACACGGACGGGACGACGGGAACGACGGGGACCACUGGAGGCACUCAAUACACGCUGGAUUCGACUCAGCAGACUGGAGCCCCGGGGAGCACUCAGUACACGGCUCAGUAGAAUUCGGAAGCGUCAAACUCGGAGAUUUCGAUUGUUGCUAAUAAACUAACUAUUGUUGAAUGAAUCUUGGCUAUCUGUUGGAAUCAUAAUCGUUUUCUGGAAGAACCCGUGCCCCAGCUCUAUUCCAUUUUUGAGACGGGCCGGACGGUCAGGCCAAAUCUGAGAGAACUUCCGGAAGUUUCUUUUAUUGGACAUUUUUCUGGCCAUCUUCAGUCUUCACAAGAUACACGGAGGCCCAUGUAAGCUUCCCAUUCUCCUUCUUUUCUCCAGUUCAGUUUAGAUUUGCAGUGUUCAAGAGAAAAAGAACCGUUUCGUGCCGCAAAAUGUCGACAUCUAGUACGGUUUCCCCGGCAACCGUAGGUGCCGUCUUGCUCUUCAUUAUUAUCGGAUGCGCCGUCUGCUGCAGUCUGCUGAUUGGAGCCGGAGCCGCCAUCGUCAUUCUGAUACGCAGGAAGAAGGAACCGAUCAUUGUGCAGGGCGGCCAACCGCAGAUUCUAGUGCAGCCUCCGGCUGAUUAGUGGAACUUGGAGCACUCUUUAAAUUACUUGUUGAACUAUUCGAACCUAAUGAACAACGUAUUGUUUUGAAUCGAAAACAUUCACACCAACUGCCGAAAGUUAAAGUUCCCGUGCUCUAGCAAACUUUAGAAAGGGCGGGACGGUCAGGCCGAAUCCAAUAGGACACUGAGAAUUUACCGGAAGGCUUUUCAUUGUGCAUCUGAUCUCUGGCCAUCUUCAGUCUUCAAGACUAAUGUGAACUCGUCUUCAAGUUGCUCAAUGCACUUUAAUUCUUCAGUGUCCAAAAACCACAGUCUCGUGCGACACAAUGCGAAGCACCAGCACGAUCUCCCCGGCCACCGCAGGAGUCGCUCUCAUCCUGCUCAUCGGCGGAGGCUGCAUCUGCUGCAGUCUCAUCCUCGGAGUCAUCGCCCUCAUUGUUUUUCUGACGCGCAAGAAGGCGGAGCCCGUCGUGAUUACCGCCCCUCAGCAACAGCCGAUUAUUAUGCAGUCGCCGGCUUAUCAAUAG